AUGGGCAUUGUGAAGUUCGAUGAUCCCAUAAAACCUAAUGUGGCGGGAAACCCGUUACCCAGUCAUUCAGACAAUGGGGUAAACGCGAUAAACGAAAGUGGAGGAAGGAGAACUAAAAUGGACGUAUCGGAGGUAAAGACCCCGAUGAGAUGGGUUUGGAAGAAAAUGGUGGAAGAAGGUUUACUUAUACAAGGUUUAGAGGAGAAGCCUGAAGGAGGGAAGUACUAUUGUGAAUUCUACGAUGAGGAAGGGCAUGAGAUCCAAAAGUGCAAUGAAUUCAGGGCUCUGGUACAGAGAUUGAUAGAAAAUAAAGAGAUCGAAUUCUUUGAGUACACCGAGGGCCCGAAGGGAGAAGAUGUGUGCACGUCAGAGCAAUGGCCGACCAACAUUGUCCGAGGGGUCAAUCAUCCGGUCGUAAUUAUAUCCCGACCAAGAGUCAAUGAAGUCGGAGUACCAAUUGCGCCAAAGGUCAUAAUUCAAAAACCCAUUACUUUCCCUUAUAAGGAUAGCAAAAGGGUUCCUUGGAAUUACAACUGCAACGUAACGAUUCCGGGAAGGGAGAAUCCAGUUGGCACUUCGGAGAAAGGUCAAGACAAGGGUUUCUAUACAUGCAGCGGAAGGCGUUAUACUUCGAACACAAAGGCAGAAUCAGCUAAAGGAAAAUCUAUGGUCAUUGAACAAGAAAAGGAAAAGACGACCAGACCUGAAUCACCCGUCAAUGAGCCUGUAACUGAAAAAGAGGCUAAAGAAUUCUUAAAAUUCUUAAAACACAGCGAGUACAGCGUUGUGGACCAAUUGCACAAACAACCAGCUCGCAUAUCCGUACUAGCCUUGCUCUCGAGUUCAGAAACUCACCGAAGUGCAUUGAUGAAGGUUUUAAAUGAAACAUAUGUUGCGGAUGACAUCUCUGUCAAAAAACUCGAUCGUCUGGUUAAUAACAUCAGCGCGGAUAAUUUUGUUUUCUUUAAUAAUGAUAAAAUACCACCGGGAGGCAUGAGAUCUACAAAGGCCCUACACAUUACCACUCGCUGCAAAGGAUACACAUUGCCAGGGGUAUUGAUUGAUAAUGGAUCAGCAUUGAAUGUCAUGCCCUUGUCCACGUUAAAUAGGUUGCCAGUGGAUAACUCUCACAUGAAGACAUGUCAAAACGUCGUGAGAGCAUUCGACGGUACGGAAAGAAAAGUGAUGGGAAGGAUCGAGAUACCUCUCUUGAUUGGCCCAAAUACAUACAAUGUGGACUUCUUGGUAAUAGACAUCAAGCCAUCAUACAAUUACCUGUUGGGGAGACCGUGGAUUCACUCGGCGGGGGCAGUGCCGUCAUCCCUACACCAAAAGUUAAAGUUGGUAACUGAGGGCAGGUUGGUAACGAUAAACGCGGAGGAAGAUAUUAUUGCAUCCGUCACCAAUGACGCACCGUACAUAGGUGCGGAUGAUGGGGCGAUAGAAUGUUCCUUUCGAUCGCUAGAAUUCGUCAAUGCUACAUUCAUUGUCGAAGGAAACAAGAUCCCGAUGCCCAAAAUAUCCAAAGCUACGAGGAUGGGCCUGCGAUUGACAGUCGGCAAAUGA